AUGGCUAUUUCUCCCGUUAUAAACGGGCAUCACAGAGAACAGUCCAAUGGCGCCGGUUCCAGUGCUGCCAACGUAAAAUCUUAUGCCCGUAUUGCAGAAGUGCUGGACGUUCCGCAUCUCAUUCUAAGUCAAAUUCAGUCGUAUGACUGGUUCAAGUCAGACGGUUUAGCCGAAGUUUUCAGGGAAUUUUCCCCGAUCACUGACUAUACCGGCAAGAAAUAUGAGCUUCAUUUCCUUGAGCAUAGUUUUGAAGAACCGAAACUCUCGCCCACAGAAUGUAAGGAACUGGAGAAAACCUAUUCUCAGCCUUUGAGCUUGAAGGCCUUGCUCAUGAAGUUGGAGAACAACGAAAGGCUGGAACAGGACAUAUUCAUGGGCGAGAUUCCGUUGAUGACGGAAAACGGCACUUUCAUCAUCAACGGCGCUGAACGGGUAGUGGUCAGCCAGUUGGUUCGGUCUCCAGGCGUCUAUUUCAAAUAUGAGAAGAACACCACCACCGACCGUAACCUCUGCGUUGCGCAGAUUAUUCCCUCCCGCGGGGCCUGGUUGGAGUUUGAAACCAGCACCAAGGAUAUUCUGUCUGUAAAGGUCGACCGCAAGCGAAGAGUUUCCAUAACUACCUUUUUCCGUGCACUGGGUGUCACCAGGGACGAAAUUCUGGAGCGAUUUGCCGACGUUGAUACCGACGAGCGGCAUCUAUACAUCCAGACGACCCUGGAUAGGGACCAGGUCCCCACGGACCGAGAUCUCCAUUUCCGUGAAGACGAUCUGCGGAACGUUUGGGAGUGGCUCAGGCCCGAUCAGGCUUUUGACAUUGAUACCGCCCGCCAGAUUGCCUGGGCUCAAAUCGAGCUUUAUCGUCGCCUGAGGCCCGGCGAGCCUCCAAGUGUCGAGAACGCCAGCAACCUGAUCAAGUCGUCAUUUUUUGAUCCUCGCCGCUAUGACUUGGGUCGGGUAGGUCGCUACAAGUUUAACCGACGCCUGGGCAUUGAAGACCGGACCGACCUGCGCAUACUCACCCUUGAAGACAUGCUGCAGGUUGUACGAACCUUGGUACUUGUUAACCGCGGCGAAGAAAGGGCCGAUGAUAUUGACCACCUCGGUAACCGCCGGGUUCGCGCUGUGGGCGAACUGGUUCAGAACCAGGUCCGGAUUGGUCUCUCUCGUAUGGAGCGUAUGGUCAAGGAAAAGAUGACCCUGGUUGACAUUGAAGAAGUAGCCCCCCGUGGCCUGGUUAACGUCAGGCCGGUGGUUGCCGCCGUCAGGGAAUUCUUUGGUGGUUCCCAGUUGUCUCAGUUUAUGGACCAGACCAACCCGCUGGCGGAGCUUACUCAUAAGCGGCGCCUUUCGGCAUUGGGUCCUGGUGGUUUGUCCAGAGAACGGGCCGGUUUCGAUGUGCGGGAUGUUCACUUUUCGCACUAUGGCAGGAUCUGCCCGAUCGAGACGCCGGAGGGCCCCAAUAUCGGGUUACUGAGUUCGCUUGCAUCCUAUGCUCGAACCAACCCUUACGGCUUUAUCGAAUCUCCAUACCGUCGGGUACUUAAGACCAUAAGUAGCACUGCCCAGGGCCUGGAAGGGCGGUUCGUGACAGAGAGUGUCGUGGAUUCUGAAGGCAAUAUCCUGGUGGCCAGUGGCAGGCGGAUUCCCCGCACAAAGGUUAAGGCUGUCCAGGAACUGCCAGCCGGUACCAUUUUGAGGGUUCGUCCUUACGUGGCUGGUGGGCCCGAAUAUGUAGAGUACAUGUCUGCAGAUCGGGAAGAGAACUUCCGCAUUGCCCAGGCCAAUUCUGAGUUGGAUGACUUGGGCCAGUUCGUCCAUGAUCGCGUCGAAAUCCGGUUAGGUGAAAACUAUAUCCAGGAUUCGCCAGACAAUGUUGAUUUGAUGGACGUUUCGCCCAUGCAAAUCAUGAGCAUUUCCGCAGCCUUGAUACCCUUCCUGGAACAUGAUGAUGCAAACCGCGCCCUGAUGGGUUCCAACAUGCAGCGUCAGGCCGUACCUUUGCUGCGGCCACAGGUUCCGGUGGUGGGGACCGGGAUUGAAGAACGGGUGGCUCGCGACAGCGGACAGGUGGUGCUGGCCCGCUCCGCGGGUGUAGUAACCUCGGUGUCCGGCAAGGAGAUUAUUAUUACCGACUCGGAAGGGGGAGGCCCACCAACAAAAUCUGAUCAAGUUUUCCAGGACAAACCAGGGCACCUGUUUUGA